GAGACAGAGGAGGAGAGACACAAACAGACAGAUAUACAGAGAGAGAGAGAGAGAGAGAGAGAAAUAGUGACAGGAAAAGAGAGAGAGAAAGAAAAGAAAGAAAUCUAAAGAGAAAGAAGGUGACUACAGGAGACAUUGUCAUUCUUGAAACAAAGAUUUGAUCCUUGCAUUCCUGUGAGGAAACUUCACCGUUCCACAUCAUCCACACACAUCAGCGUCUCUAAUGACUGAGGAAAAUACCACAAGCUCUCCCACCCCUGAAAAUACCCCAAAAGACCCCGCGGUCUCGUUUGCUAUCGGCACCUUCAUCCUUGCCAUCGUCUUCCUCCUGGGCGUCCCAGGAAACCUCUUCAUCAUAUGGAGCAUCCUGGUGCGUACCCGUAAGCGCUCAGUCACCACACUGAUCAUCCUAAACCUGGCGUGUGCUGAUGGUGCCAUCAUGUGCCUCACCGUGUUCUUCAUCGUGUACCUGGCUAAGCAGUCGUGGGUGUUUGGACGCUCCAUGUGCAAGCUGCUCUUCUACCUGUGCAACACCAACAUGUAUGCCUCCAUCAUGCUCAUCACGCUCAUGAGUUUGCACCGAUUGGCGACUGUGCUGCGACCACAAGGUGCUCACAUCUUCAGGCGUAGGAGGAACGUGCUGAGCAUCCUCAUCGUGCUCUGGGUGCUCGUCUUCACGCUCUCCAUCCCUGCUCUGAUAUUCAGGGAAGAGAUAGCGAACAACAACAAUAAACUGCUGUGCUUACACAAUCACACAGAUCCCAAAUAUGUGUUCCACCUGAGCUUGGAGACGGUGGUGGGGUUCCUGCUCCCGUACGGGAUCAUCGUCAGCAGUUACGUGUGUAUUCUCCGGCGUCUGCGACAGACACAGUUUAAGAGGCGACUGCGUAGUGAGAAGCUCAUCCUCGCCAUAAUCAUCACCUUCGCUGCUUUCUGGCUGCCAUAUCACAUCAUCAACACCAUACAGGUGGUGUCUGCGUGUGCACCAGAGCAUCUACACAAAAAGUUAAAGGAAAUCUACUUGUAUCGACCCACCACCUCCUCGCUGGCCUUCAUUAGCAGCUGUGCUAAUCCUGUGCUGUAUGCGCUAGCAGGGCGCUCGUACAUCCGCGCAGACGGACUGUCCUUCAUGGCCCGGCUGUUUGAGGGCACGGCGCUCGAGAUCAGUAACGGAACUCUCCGUUUUCAACGCAAAGUGAGCAGAGCGGGACAGGCGGUGUUCAUGCUGAAGAACUGUGACUCCUCUGCAAACAACACAGACAGAAAAACAGACAGAGACAGCUAACAGACUGAUAUAUGACUGACAGUAUUACACAAAAAUGUCUUAUCAUAUAUAUAUAUAUAUAUAUAUAUAUAUAUAUAUAUAUAUAUACAUGAAAUAAUAUGACGUUCCUGGUGUGAUUAUCAUCCAAACCCAGAAUGAUCCUUUUCACUACAUUAUUACACCAAUAAAUAUCAUACUUACAAAACAAAACUGUUAUUUCUACAGAACAAAGCUAUUUUAUUUAUUACAGUUUGUUAUUCCAAACAUUUAUCAAUCUUCUAUUUGUUCUUUAUUCUUCUCCUCUUCUUUUUUUGUAGAGAAUUUCAGUGGAGUUUAAAAAAAAAAAUUUUUUAUAAACUGUAUAAUUUUGAAACUGUUUAAGAUUAGAAUGUGAAACGUUUCUUUUUAUGACGUGUGCUGAUUGGACUGAGGGUCUAAUGCUGCGACACGCCAUCGAUGCAGUGGAAAUGUGCUGGUGUUUAAGACUGAAUACAUGUUGACUUCUUGUUAAUCUCUUGGUGUUUUUAAUCUAGUUUGUUUUUGUUAUUUUCUUCACAGAUGCUUUCCUAUUGGCUGAAAUCAUUCACAUGGUUAUCUGUCUGCAUUACUGAGAAUGGAAUAAAGCAUUUUUAUCAUUAAAAACUGUUUGCUAACAUAGCAUGUGUUAGCAUCUAAA